AUGCAACGGCCAGCCUACUCGAACCCACCGCCCGCUCACUCCCCUCCGCUCCACCACCCUGUCCCUCAGCACGUCUCCACGGUCCCCCAAUUACGCUCCCCUCCGCCGCCGGUGCCGCAGCAGCAGGGCAACAGCUAUGGCUAUCCACAACAGCAAGCCGCCGGAGGAGGAGGGGCCUUUAUGCACCCGGCCUUUGGCGGCUUCAUGAAUGACUCGACCGCACAGAUGGGCUUCCAAGUGGGCAGCAGUGCUGUCAGGGCUGGGCAGGAAUAUGUGGAGCAGAACUUCAACCGCUACGUCAACGUUUCCGCUCUAAAGCACUACUUCAACGUCAGCAACUCCUACGUCCUCCGGAAGCUUGUCCUAGUACUCUUCCCCUGGCGACACCGGCCCUGGUCCCGCCAGCAAUCCCGCGUUGCCUCCUCCGGCGGCCCUCUCUUCCUACCGCCGCGCGAAGACAUCAACUCGCCCGACAUGUACAUUCCUGUCAUGUCCUUCGUCACCUAUAUUCUACUAUCCACCCUGCUCGCCGGUCUCCGCGGCGCGUUUGAUCCCGAACUCCUAAUGCGGCGAGCAACAUCCUCAAUCGUGUUCGUGCUGCUCGAGAUAGGGUGUUUGAAGCUGGGGACGUAUCUGCUGAGCAUCAGCAACGACAGCCAACUGUACGACCUGAUUGCGUACAGCGGCUAUAAGUUCGUCGGCAUCAUCGUGACGCUCGUUGUUUCUGAGAGCUGGAACCGGGGCGGUGGAACGGGUGGAUGGGUCGGGUGGGCGGUCUUCGCGUAUACAUGGCUCGCCGUUGCGUUUUUCAUGCUCCGUUCUCUUAAAUACGUACUGCUCCCAGACACGAACGCCGGCGGCCCGGGCUCCAGCGGCGCAAACUACACCAUUGCGCGCUCACAGCGGAACAAGCGGACUCAGUUCCUGUUCUUCUACUCCUACGUUGUGCAGCUAGCCUUCAUGUGGCUCCUCACUCGGCCAUGA